AUGAACGCCGAGAGAUCAUCGAGGAUCGAGUUGCUCAAUAGCUCGAACUACGAGGUAUGGCGAAUUCGUAUGAAGGCCGUGCUAUUAGGACACGACAAGUGGGGCUACGUCAGUGGUAAUAUCCCGGCACCAGAUGCUGGAUCUGGUGAUCGUGCGGCGACGUCCGCGCUGAACAAGUGGAAGGAGAACGACGAAAAAGCUUUGGCUGAAAUUAUCCUGUCGGUGGGCGAAGCUGAACUGAGAAGCAUCUCGAAUUGCACCACGUCGAAGGAAGCCUGGGAGAAGCUACAGUCGAUUUAUGCCUCAAAAGGUCCAGUGCGGAAGAUUGAAUUACUCACGGAUAUUACGUCAUUCAAGAUAGACGAGGACGACGAUUUCAGAGGACGCCUAGACAAAUUUUCAAGUGCCGUAGAGCAAUUGGCGGGGAUGAAGAUUGAUAUUCCCACGACAUGCUAG